AUUACGUACUGAUCGCUGUAUUUUCUUGCGCCUGCGCGACACUGCCUGGCGUGUAGCUGAAGGUUUUGUUGAGACAUCAUCGCUACUGGAAAUAAUUUAAUAAAGUAACUAUUAAUCAAGCCCACUGCAAUUAUUACGAAAUACGGCUUGCAUAAAUACAUGGACAUACCUUGGUCGAAAUGACAACGCAUUGAAUUGCUUGAAACAAUGGAGCCAACGAUUAACUCUGUAUAUAAACAAAACCGAGGCUUCUGUUCUUAAGGUGGAUAUUUUUGCUGGUGCUAGCUAGCGAAACUUCAGGCAUUGUUUGUAAACACUGCGUCAGUUGUGCAAGCUAGCCAACUACCGACAUGGGAGUCGUAUAUUGUUGAAAGGAGGUCGACUCCUUUCCAUUCGUAAGUUAACAUGAGAGAUGAAAAUAAUUAUUUAUCAGGAAGGCAGCCCAUGCCAUUUGAAGGACAGGGUGAACGUUCCUAUUGUGACGGCUUGACGGAUGAAAAAGGGACAUCAGAGAAAGGAUAUCUGCGACCCUACGACGUUUCUCAGUUUGCCCUGAAAUAAAACGCGGAGGUUCGGGAGCGAUGGAGACCGUGGGGAAAUUUGAGUUCAGCAGGAAGGACUUGAUAGGACACGGUGCUUUUGCAGUGGUGUUCAAAGGCAGGAAUAGAGAGAAACACGACUGGGAGGUGGCAGUGAAAUGCAUAAACAAGAAAAACUUGGCGAAAUCACAGACCCUUUUGGGGAAAGAAAUAAAAAUUCUCAAGGAACUAAAACAUGAGAACAUUGUUGCAUUACAUGACUUUCAGGAAACAGCCAGUUCUGUGUACCUGGUAAUGGAGUAUUGCAAUGGUGGUGACCUGGCGGACUAUCUGCACUCCAAGGGCACCCUAAGUGAGGACACUAUCAGGGUGUUCUUGCAACAGAUAGCUGGGGCCAUGAGGGUGCUGCAGGCCAAGGGGAUCAUCCACAGAGACCUCAAACCCCAAAACAUCCUGCUCUCCUACCCAUUAGGACGCAAGUCCCACUCCACCAACACCUGCAUCAAGAUAGCUGACUUUGGCUUUGCCAGGUACCUUCAGAACAACAUGAUGGCUGCCACUUUGUGUGGGUCCCCUAUGUACAUGGCACCUGAGGUCAUCAUGUCUCAGAACUAUGAUGCCAAGGCUGACCUGUGGAGCAUUGGCACCAUCUUGUUCCAGUGUCUGACUGGGAAGGCUCCAUUUCAGGCUAGCAGUCCCCAGGACCUCCGGCUAUUUUAUGAGAAAAACAAGAACCUCAGCCCAAACAUUCCCAGAGAGACCUCCUCUCACCUGAGGCAUCUGCUGCUGGGUCUUCUGCAGCGCAACCACAAGGACCGCAUGGACUUUGAGGAAUUCUUCCAUCAUCCUUUUCUGGAGGCGAGCUCAUCCAUUAAGAAGAUAACCCCAGCUGUGACCAUGACGUGCUUUCCCAGCUCUGCUUCAGCCAGCUCAUGUAGCAGCUCUUCCACCUCACACCUGGCUUCCCCACCACAGUCCCUGGCUGAGGUACAGCAGCUCCGUACCAAGACCCUUGCUUCCCCUACCCAAGAUGCUCCUGUCUUCCUCCUAAAGGACUCCUCCGGAGGUGGCUGCAGCAGCAAAAACUCCUCCUGUGACACAGAUGACUUUGUCAUGGUGCCCGCACACUUCCCCAGUGAGCUCCCCAGCGAGGGGCCAGCUGGGAAGGUGUUCCACGACAGUCUGAUGAACAGUGGCUCUCUGCUUGCUUCUGGUGGGCUGGGCAGUCAGGGCAAGACCCCUCCCCACUCCCCCUCCUGCAGUGACUCCCCCAGCCCCCUCAGUCGGCCCAGCGAGUUCUCUGCUAGCAGCUGUGGUAACUAUGGUAACUACGGUCAGUCAGUGCCCAUUCCAGUUCCCACUCAGGUCCAAAACUACCAGCGCAUGGAGCAGAACCUCCAUUCCCCUAGCCAGGCUGGCUCCCCACGGCUUUCAGCCCCAGUGCCCCGCUGCAGCAGCAAUAGUUCCCUAGGAUUUGGAAGGACCGGUCCUUUUCCUCCUCACCCAGGAGGCCUUCGCCGGCCUUCUGCAGGAGGUGCCAGACCUUUCCAGCUCUCUCCACAAACUCUCCAGUUUCCUGACACGCAGCCUCCCGCUCAGCAGCUGGGCCUGGGCUCCCGUCUCCACAGCGCCCCCUGUCUUUUGGAAGCCGCUAGCGGUGGCAGCAGGCAGAAGAUCAGGAAGCAGCACUCGGACCCAGUGGGGUCCAACCACCAGGCAGGCGUGAUGGUUAUGCGGCCCCUUCAUUCCUCCCCCAGGUUGAGUGAGCUCAUGCAGCGCAGCCCUCUUCCCACCAUCCUGGGAUCCCCCUCUAGAGCCAUUCCGCCAUUUGAGUUCCCAAAACCCCCCAGCUCCCCUAACCUGGUGACCUUCUUGGCCCAGCAGGGCCUGGUUCUGGCCCCACCUGGCAGCAGGACUGCCUCGGACCAAAGGGAUAGAGGACAGCUCCCCACUGGCCAACCUGGUCAAUAUAGCCACAUGACCACUGAUGAUAAGAGGGGCUUUGGCAGGUCUCAGAGUGCAGGUCGUCUGUCUGACAUGCUGCUCUUGGCUGCAUUUGGAGGGCCGCUGGGGGAGCGGGGCAGCAGUGACAACCUCAGCUCUAACAGAGGAGCCAUAGAUAUUACAGCGCCCCCUGGGGGUGGAGCUGCAGGCUCAGCCAGCCCGGCCCAUGUGGUGUUUACUGUUGGCUCCCCGCCCAGCGGCUGCACCCCGCCACAGACCUCUAGGAACAGGCAAUACUCAGCAGGCUCCUCCAGCUCUAUCAGCCCAGUGGGAUCCUUCACAAGUCGAUAUCAGACAGGCCCCUAUCUGGACGGCUUUGAGGUUCCCUCCAGUCCACGCUACAGUUUCACAGACCCCAUUACAGCCAACAUGGGGGGACCUGUCACCUUCCUGGCCCCUGAGCUGCCAGAGGAGACACUGAUGGAGCAAGAGCACACAGAGACCCUAAAGAGCAUGCGCUUCACGCUGGACUUUGCACGCUGUCUGAUGGAGGUGGCAGAGCUCCGGGGGACCGGGGCUGAGCAGGGUGACAGCUCCCCGCCCUCCAUGCUGCAGCAGCAGAGCCUAGUGGCUGACCAGAUCAGCUCCCUCAGCAGAGAGUGGAGCUAUGCAGAGCAGCUGGUUUUGUAUAUGAAGACUGCAGAGCUUUUAUCUUCUUCAUUACAUACAGCAAUUGAUCGCGUAAAACAGGGCAAACUGUACCCCUCUGCUACUGUCAAACAAGUGGUCAAGAGGCUGAACGAGCUGUACAAGUCCAGCGUGUCAUCCUGCCGCUCCCUCAACGCAAGGCUAGAGCGCUUUUUCUCCCGGAAGCACCGUCUAAUGGACCACAUCAACACAAUCACCGCUGAGAGGCUGCUGUUCAGCCAUACUGUACAGAUGGUGCAGUCCGCUGCGCUUGACGAGAUGUUCCACCAGGGAGAGGCGUCAGUGCAGCGCUAUCACAAGGCCCUGCUGCUGAUGCAGGGUCUGUCCCUGCUCCUCACCGAGAAUGACGACAUCCUCAGCGUCAGCAAAUGUAAGGAAUGCAUUGAGCGUCGCCUCACAGCUCUGCAGUCAGGGCUUUGCGUUUGAAGACUUGGCUCAGCACUGUGGAUGGUGCUGUGCUAUGAUGUCAGUGAUUCUGGACACCACCGUGCCCCAUCAACCUGACCUGCACACAAACGGCCUGCUACGCUGGACGGAUGUUAAAGAUUAAGGGCUUGUAAUGAGGUGACAACGUAAUCCUCUGUGUGUCGAACAAGACCACGCUGCUCAGACUAAGUGUGUUAGCUUUUCAGCUCUUUGUGGAGCCAAAUACACAGAAGCUGUUGCUUUACUGAGUAAUCACAGCUAAGCAGUCUGCAAGAGGAUUCUUCUGGAGUCCCAGACAUAUUCCAUUGUAUGCUGUCAGUGAUUCAGUAUUAAGCAAUUAUGAAUAGACCUGCACACGAUACAAAAAUGUCAAUCUCAACUUCAAUCUCCACACAGGGCAUCAGUAAAGUUCUGCUCUUUUUUAUUUUGUCUCAGAGGUAAUGGUGAUGUGAGAUUAUACAGUGAGAGGGCUUGCUUUGAAAUGAGCGUUUGGCUAUCCUCAUCUCACUUCAGCUGUCUCCAUCUUAUCAACCGUCUCUGCUCUUUUUCUUCUCCAUGAAAAAUCAUGGAAAUAAAUAUUUUAGGAGUCUUCAGGGAAAGAGUUUAAGAGCAAUUAAUCCAAUUCUAUGGCCAAAAGCCUGUGUUUGGAAACAUAAUUGUAUGUUGAAAAUAGAUAGUUUGAAGUUACAACCCCUGUCUAAUGUAAUUUCCUGCUGUUACAUAAGUAUAUUGCUUUAUUUAUCUGUGACACUUUAUUGAUGAUAUGUUUGCCAUAGGAUUGUGCUGUAUGAAAUCAGUCACUUUUUGACUGCACCCUUUUUGAUUUGGAUAUAGCAGCCUUCACUUCAAAAAUUGGGUGUUGGCUAUAAAUGAACAUGAAAUAUUCAGGUAAAAAAUAAUAAUAAUUCCUGACUAACUGUAUAAUGGACAAACAUUGAAGGUUUUUUUUAGAUCAAAAGAUGUGCAUUCAGAAAGUAAUCAAAGUCAUAUGGAAUUAUCCUAUUUAUUAAGAAUGAAAAUGUUGCCCUUGCAGUCCGGGGAACAAUUAAUAAUUAAAUGAUCAGUAAUUAAGUGAUCCAAUAUAUUCAUUGAAAUGGAACAAUGGAAUAGUAGUUAACAUUUUAUCCAUGCUUUAAAGUUGAAUUACAGAGAAUUGGUUUACACAUAUAACAAACAUAAUACAAUUAAAACAGGCCUCACACGCACAAACACACCAUAUCCCCAAAGCAAUACUGUUCCAUUCUAAUGGCCAUUGUGCAUCGUCAGCACAACAACUUAAAAUGUCAAUGACUUUAAAGAGACAUGGAGUUGUGGUCAUCGGUUUCGGUUGGCAAUGCCCUUCAAGUUCACUAUAAUUUGUUACAAUGCUAUAUGUUAUCCCCCACAACAUAUGCCAGUACUUUGUAUAGUAUCUUAGAGAGUAUAACAGCUAUGCCAGUAGCCAUUAUGCUGAAGCGAAAGAUUAACUUAAAGUGGUGAAUAAUGGCAGAUAAGAGGUAUAGCUAAAACAAAUGCAUAGGAUAUAAUAAAGACCUAUGCAUUCUUAAUUCCUCCACUCAUUGAAGUCAUCACCUAUAGGGGAAUAGAAAAAAAGAGAUUUUACACCAAUUCAUGUCAGAACACCAUUGAUCUAACAGGCCUAUUUUAAGACCAGCUAUUAUUUUUAUAAAAUUCAAAAGGGCCUAACAUAAAUUAGUUUGCACACAGGAAUUUCCCUUGAUUUGCCUUUCCUUCAUGUAUGCGUAAAAUCUCUUCUUCCAUCCCGUAGUUGUUGGACCUGCCUACAAUGUCAUUUCACUUUAACGUAGUAUUCACUUACAGGUUAAGGUAAUCUAGUGAGCACUGGACAUUUAUAAUGGGCAACUUGCCUCUAGGACUCUAGACCUAGUAUAUCAGCAGGCUAGCCAUCUACUGGAAACAUACAGUUGUGCUCAAACGUUUGCAUACCCUUGGAGAACUGGUAAUAUAUGUGCCAUUUUUAAAGAGAACAUGAGUAAACAGUCAAAACACUUU